AUGUCGAGCCUCGGGCCACUGGCACUGGACCACAAUCCCUUCGCGGACGACCAGGACGAAGCAGAUGCUCAGACGAACCCAGCAGUCACUCCGGACGCCAAGCCUUCUCAGAGCACCAGCAAGGGAGUGUUGCCGGACACGGAGCUGCCCGCGCUGCACCAACAGCACUGGGACGAUCAGGAUCAACAUCUCGAUACGCUUUCGGCGUCACUUCAACGGCAGCAUGAGAUGAGCUUGCAGAUGAACGAGGAGCUCGACUUGCAUCAAGAGCUUCUGGAAGAAUUUGAUGGUGAUGUGGAUCGAACGGGAUUGCGGCUCGGAGGUGCGGCGAAUCAGCUGGAUCGGCUGAGAAGCAGUAUCAAGGAUCAUGGUAUGCUUUGGAUCCUCGGCGCUCUGAUUGUGUCACUCAUCUUGUUGAUAGCUUUCUUCAAGUAG